AUGGCCACCACCCACAAAGAGUUUGUCGACUUCUUCCCCCAGCUCACAGAGGAUGUUCUUUCCGAGCUCCCGGCCUUCGGCGCCUCCCCCGAGAUGAUCGCCCGCAUCAAGUACAUGAUCGAGUACAACGUGCUCGGCGGCAAGAUGAACCGCGGCCUCUCCGUAGUCGACACUGUGAAGAUCGUGCGCAAAGAGACCGAGCUCCCAGCGGCCAUCAACGAGAAAGCCAUGGUUCUCGGCUGGGCAGUCGAAUGGCUGCAGGCCUUCUUCCUCGUCGCCGACGAUAUCAUGGAUGAGUCGCCCACGCGCCGUGGACAGCCCGCCUGGUACCGCAAGCCCGAAGUCGGUAUUGUUGCCAUCAACGACUCAUUCAUCCUGGAGUCGUGCAUCUACCGGUUGCUCAAAAAGUACUUCCGCUCGGAGCCCUACUACAUUGAUAUUAUUGAGCUGUUGCAUGAGACUUCCUACCAGACGGAGCUCGGCCAGAUGGUCGACCUGCUGACUGCCCCCGAGAACGACGUCAACCUGGACCGCUUCUCUAUUGAGAAGCACAGGUAUAUUGUGGAAUACAAGACCUCUUACUACUCGUUCUACCUCCCCGUUGCCCUGGCUCUGCUGAUGACCGGGACGCCAGCGGAGUCGCCUGUGUUCCAGGUUGCCAAGGAUAUUCUGAUUCCCCUGGGUGUCUACUUCCAGAUCCAGGACGACUACCUGGACUGCUAUGGCAACCCCGCGGUCAUUGGAAAGAUCGGCACAGAUAUUGAGGACAACAAGUGCUCGUGGCUGGUCGUCCAGGCGCUUGAUCGCGUCACGCCGAAGCAGCGCAAGCUGCUGAACGAUAACUAUGGCCGCAAGACCCCGGCUGUGCACGCGCAGCGCGUUAAGAAGCUGUACAAGGAGCUGGAUAUUGAGAAGGUCUACAAGACUUACGAGGAUAGGGCUAUUGCUGAGCUGGAGGAUAGGAUCAACAAUAUUGAUGAGUCGCUUGUGCCCAAACAGGUGUUCACUGCGUUCCUUAACAAGGUUGCCAAGCGCACCAAGUAA